GUCGAGUAUAGACUUUUUGGACAACCCAUCAAACAUAAACUUGAUAAUACAAACGCUAGUUUGCUUUGGAGUAGAAGAAUGGUUUUAAAGGGAAGGGUCAUGAGAGCAGUGGUUACUAAAAAAACAAAAUAAACUCAUUUUAUUUUACAGAUUAGUUUUGUAUUUUCUUUUCCUCAAAAAGGGAAAAAGAAAGUGAAACAUUUGAAAUUAUUUCGUAUAUGAAAAUUAGGGUUAAAAAAAAAGGAAAACCCUAAAUCCCAUUUUCCCCACAGCCGCAGUCCGCAUACCGUACCUCUCGCUACCUCUCCGGCCAAUCCACACUGCGUUAAUCGAUCUCCGUCGGCAGCCUCAAACUCACAGCCGAAAGGAGCUUGCUCAUACACUUCACGAUUUGCUUUGAAACGGUAGUAUGAAGCCGAUUUUUUGUGGAAACUUCGAGUAUGAUGCUCGCCAGCCUGAUUUGGAAAGGCUGUUUAGUCGAUACGGAAAAGUUGAUAGAGUAGAUAUGAAAUCUGGUUUUGCUUUUAUUUAUAUGGAGGAUGAGAGAGAUGCUGAGGAUGCCAUUCGUGCACUUGAUCGGCGAGAAUUUGGUCGAAAGGGUCGUAGACUACGUGUUGAGUGGACCAAACAAGAACGUGGGAUUAGAAGACCAGGUCCAGGUGGAGGUGGUGGUGGUGGUGGAGGUGGAGGAGGAGGAGGUUCGAGGAGAUCCUCGACUAAUACAAGACCUUCAAAGACUUUGUUUGUUAUCAACUUUGACCCAUAUCAUACUAGGACAAGGGAUUUAGAGAGGCACUUUGAUCCUUAUGGUAAGAUAUUGAGUGUAAGGAUUCGAAGAAAUUUUGCAUUUGUCCAGUAUGAAUUGCAGGAGGAUGCCACUAGAGCAUUGGAGCUGACAAACAUGAGCAAAUUGAUGGAUCGAGUGAUUUCAGUGGAAUAUGCUGUUAGAGAUGAUGAUGAUAAGAGAAAUGGAUAUAGUCCUGAUAGGAAUCGUGAUAGGUCUCCCGAUAGAAAAAGGCGAUCCUCAAGUCCCUAUAGAAGAGAGCGAGGAAGCCCUGAUUACGGAAAUGGUAUUAGCCGCAGUCCAUAUAGGAGACAAAGAGCUAGUCCUGAUUAUGGUAGCCGUCGUAGUCCAAGUCCUUACCAGAGAGAGAGGGAGAGGGGUUCUCCUGAUUAUGGUCGAGGUCGUAGUCCCAAUCAUAGUCCUUAUAGGAGGGAGAGAGAGAGAUCAAGCGACCAUGUUAGGACUCCCAGCCAUAGACCUUCCCAUCAGAGGGAAAGACCAAAUGAUGACCGAGUCCCCAACCGAAGUCCUAGUCCUUAUGGGAGAGGGAGGGAGAAGGGGAGUCCUGAUGGACGUGGUACUAGCUACAGUCCUCGUGAUAGAGAGAGGUCGUCAAACCCUGACAAUGGUCAUGAUCAUGGCCAUGAUCAGCAGCAGACCACGAUACCUGAACCUGGUGAGAGCCCCAAUUAUGGUGGCACCCAGAGCCCGAAGCGUCGGGGAUAUGGCAGCCGUUCACCUCAAGCAGAGGAAUGACGAGGAUCUAGGAAUUGAGAAAUGAUGAUUUCAAACUGCUUCAAAGAGUUUGUUUAGUUGUAUAAUCAGUGUCAGUGGCGAACAUGUAUUCUAAGGACAAAUGUUUUGUUAUUUCCAAAUACAUUUGUGCUUCAGCUUCUUAGCUAUAUUCUAUGCAUAUGCUUAAGUAGGUAUUGUUUGGUUGAAGUUGGCAAUCAAAAUUGGAAAAGCUAAAAUCUCUCCAACAAUGAAGGGGAAUGACCCCAAAUAUCCCUAUUAUAUUGCAUCAUAAAUAUAAGGAAGAUAUGUUUACAAAA